GCGAAGUGGCCGGGGCCGGGCGCAGAGCUGUGCGCACGGGCCGAGCCCGGACUAUAAACACGCGGGCCACGCGCUGGGCAGCACCGCGCCCUCCCGCAGCCCGCCGAUCGCUCACGACUCCGCGUCUCCAGCUUUCUCGAGCUCCCCAUGGAUCCCAACUGUGCCUGUGCCUCCGGCGGCUCCUGCACCUGCGCUGGCUCCUGCAAGUGCAAAGAGUGCAAAUGCACCUCCUGCAAGAAGAGCUGCUGCUCUUGCUGCCCCGUGGGCUGUGCCAAGUGUGCCCAGGGCUGUGUCUGCAAAGGAGCAACUGAGAAGUGCAGCUGCUGUGCCUGAUGUGGGGAUGCCCUGCUCCCACGUGUAAAUAGCCAUUUGUGUGUCACUGGACCCUGAUGUGUUUCCUGUUGCCCUUUCUCGAUGGAGUUAAUACAUGAUAAUAAAAGCCUUUGGCUUGA